UCCUAAUCUAAACUGGAAUAUUUUCAGAUUUAAGAAUGCAGCUGAGUUCUUGAUUAAUUGAUAGAUUGGUUGGAUCUUACCUGUUUACACAUUGUUGGUAUCACGUGACUCUAGGAUGAACGAGGAUGAUCCCCUGCAGUUGUAUCAGAAGUUUACGGAGAGUUUCAACAAGAUUACUCGGAACACGGAACCCAACGAGUUCGGGAACUAUGAGCAGGAACACAUGAGCGCAGAGAUGCACUAUCCUCCCCAGUUUCACGAGCACAAACCUGAUGGAUUUAUUCCGGCGCUUAAUCAGGGUCAGGUAGCAGAGCCGAGGCUAGACUGGUACAGUCCGGCCUUUCCGCCGGUCAAUGAUCCGGCGCAGUACGCUACCUACUCAAACCUACAGAGUUACGAGGCGUAUGAACAAUCUUUUCCAGUCCAAGACAUGAGCUUCGCUAGCAACAAAGAUCUGGACAGUGUGUUUGGACAUCCGCCGGCGACCAUGCUUUAUCCUACCACAAUGCCUUCAGUGCCAACCGUUCUUGAACCACAUCCUGGUUCAGCUAGUCCAGGGUUUCCGCAGCAGUUUCAAGUUCCACCCUUGGAUGAUCCUCGAACCCCUCUCUACUCCUCGUCCCUGGAGGAGCAGCCCAGCAGCUCAUCUAGCAGUGGAGGAAAGGGAUCCAGAGGACGGCCGAGAAGUAAAAAGAUCCGAAAAUCCGAGGACGCGGAGAAUGCGGAGGAUGAAUCUCUAGACCCGGAGGAGAAGGAUAAAAAAGACAAGGACAGGAGAUGGAGCAACAACCAGAGAGAACGGGUUAGAAUUAGAGAUAUCAAUGAUGCAUUGAAGGAACUGGGAAGGAUUUGUAGUUCUCACAUGAAGUCUGAUAAACCGAUGACAAAGUUAGGAAUCAUGAACAACGCUGUAGAUGUUAUCCUAGGCCUGGAGCAGCAGGUUAGAGAGCGGAACCUGAACCCUAGGCUAGCCUGCCUAAAACGAAGGGAGGAGGGCGGAGCUGGAGAAUCCUGGCAACAAAACUCCGCCCUCAGUCCAUCGCCAGGACUUGGACACGACUCUCCGGGUCUAUCUCAUCCUUCCUCAAUGUCAGACGGUUUUCCACAAUCAGGAUCAAACUCGGAUGGAUUCGUCUACCAAUAGGAUUAAAUCUCAACCCUUCUCUCUCUCUCUUACCAGACACUUGUUCCUUAUUUAACUUCCUGAACUAAUCCUGUCCAGUACAGCUCAAAUCUCCAAGGCCCAACCAUGUUGAAUUGUGAAACUUGUCUGAAUCAUAUCACUACGUUACAUAUUAAAAGUCCAAUUUUUAUUCCAAGUUGCAUUUUAUACAUUAUAAAAUUUUCUUCUUGAUCUGACGCAAGAAAUGAAGAAAGCUAGAUGAUUUAUAAGUUUGUUUUUGUAAAUAAUUUGUCUGUUUUAUCUAAGAAUCAUGAAUUCUAAAAAUCUCCAUUUUUUAAUAUAAAUGAGGACGAAAAUUUAUGAGAACUUCCCUUUUUGCCAGUCUUGUUAAAUAAUAUGAUAUUACAUCAGAUCUGAGAUGUUUGGUAAAAAAACAAGAUUGCUUUCCAACCUAUAGAAUAUUGAGAUUUCAAUCUUUAGUUUAAUAAAGUUGGAACUAUAUCUACAUAGUUCUAUUAAAUAUCUAAAAUAUCGACACAAUUCAAAUUUGUGACCUGCAUCACCCUAAAGGGACUGUUUCCUUUCAUUUAAAGAGUUACAGGUCCGAUUCACAACUGUAUCAUUUAAACCUUUAUCUGAGCAAAUUGAUGAGAUAUCUUGGUUUUUCUUAUCGAAAACGGAUAUUUUUCGUAUGCAGUUUCGUUUAAAAGUGCAGCUAUGAGCAGCAAAGACCAGGAAGGAAACUGAUAUAAAGGUAGAAUAACGAUGAUGAUAGUUAUUCUAUAGUUACUUGGAUGAAUGUUAGGGUACCGUUGUGAAUCAGACAAACAAGUAUAGAAUUGAAGGAACAGUCUUUUUAAUAUCGGAUGAUAACCAUCACAAGCCUGGAUUUACAAAACUUCAUAAAUUAGUUUAAGCAAUUAGUCAAAAUUUAGAUUAUAUUUUGGGUAAAUUGUAAUAAUUUGUAAAUAUAUUAAGCUAUGUAAUGAA